AUUGUAUGGGCGUUCCCAUCCCCCCACCCACUCCUUUGACACUGCCUAACCAAAGCUGUGUGGUUGUGCGAAGUGAAUGACGUCUCUGAAUUUGCGGGCCGCCGACGCAGGGCUGGGUUUCCAUUUUCACACCGAGUUUCGGGGGGGAUCAUCAACAUGGAGCCGGAGAUGGAGGACAAAACGGUGGAACUGAUGUGCUCUGUGCCUCGCUCUCUCUGGCUGGGCUGCUCCUCGGUGGCUGAGAGUUUGUGUGCACUCAGGUGCCUGCAGAGCAUCCCCUCCACCCGGGCUCACAACCAGAAUACAUCAGGAAUGGAAUCCCAGAACCUAGUGGACGAUCUUUCGCCAAAGAAGAAUACAGUUCUGAAGCUUAGUAACGGUCCUGUUGUUGGCUCUCGCAAGCGUCCGUCAGAAGGGAACUAUGAGAAGGAGAAGGAACACUGCAUCACCCUGUUUGACCAGUGGUCAGAAGCUGACCAGGUGGAGUUUGUCGAACGCCUGAUUUCCCGAAUGUGCCACUACCAGCACGGCCACAUCAACUCCUACCUCAAACCCAUGCUGCAGAGGGAUUUCAUCACUGCAUUGCCAGCCCAAGGUCUGGAUCACAUCGCAGAGAACAUCCUGUCUUUUCUGGAUGCACGCUCGCUGUGUGCGGCAGAGCUGGUGUGUAAAGAGUGGCAGAGGGUAAUCUCUGAGGGGAUGCUGUGGAAGAAGCUCAUUGAACGUAUGGUCCGGACCGACCCACUUUGGAAGGGCCUGUCUGAAAGACAUCAGUGGGAGAAGUAUCUGUUCAAAAACCGCACAGCAGAAGUCCCGCCCAACUCCUACUAUCAUUCUCUAUAUCCUAAAAUCAUCCAAGACAUAGAGACAAUUGAAGCUAAUUGGCGGUGUGGCAGACACAACUUGCAGAGGAUCCAGUGUCGCUCAGAAAACAGUAAAGGUGUUUACUGUCUUCAAUAUGAUGAUGACAAGAUCAUCAGUGGCCUUAGGGACAACUCUAUCAAGAUUUGGGAUAAGCAGACACUGGAAUGUCUGAAGGUACUGACCGGUCACACAGGCUCAGUAUUGUGUCUCCAAUACGACGAGAGGGUCAUUGUCACUGGGUCUUCUGACUCCACUGUCAGGGUGUGGGAGGUGACGACGGGUGAGGUACUGAACACGCUGAUCCACCAUAAUGAGGCGGUUCUUCACCUGCGGUUCGCCAAUGGGCUGAUGGUCACCUGCUCCAAAGACCGUUCUAUAGCCGUGUGGGACAUGGCUUCGCCUACUGACAUCAGCCUGCGUCGGGUCCUUGUAGGACAUCGUGCUGCUGUCAACGUUGUUGACUUUGAUGACAAAUAUAUUGUGUCCGCCUCAGGGGACCGCACCAUCAAGGUAUGGAGCACCAGUACGUGUGAGUUUGUGCGCACUCUAAAUGGUCAUAAGCGGGGAAUCGCCUGUUUACAGUAUAGAGACCGUUUAGUAGUCAGUGGCUCGUCUGAUAACACAAUACGGUUAUGGGACAUUGAGUGCGGAGCAUGUUUGCGAGUGCUGGAAGGUCACGAGGAGUUGGUGCGCUGCAUUCGUUUCGACAACAAAAGGAUUGUCAGCGGUGCCUACGACGGUAAGAUAAAGGUGUGGGACCUGCAAGCUGCACUUGACCCAAGGGCCCCCGCCAGCACAUUAUGUCUCCGCACUCUAGUGGAACACUCUGGCCGUGUUUUCCGCCUGCAGUUUGACGAGUUUCAGAUUAUCAGCAGUUCUCACGAUGACACCAUUCUGAUCUGGGACUUCCUGAACGUCUCACCUAAUGGCCAGUCAGAGGGACGGUCUCCAUCUCGCACCUACACCUACAUUUCUAGAUAGCAGGUGGCGCCAUUAAGCUCACUCAUAGGACAUCCAGGGCUGACUGGCUGAUGGGUGCAUCUGUGGUGCAACAGAGCCCAUCUUUUCUUCCCUUCCUCCUCGUCAUCACUCUGUCCAUCUUAGCCCCCCUCCUCCAACUGGUCCGGCCCCGCCCAUUCCGACAGACUUGACGCUUGUGCCCAACGCCUGACCAAACAGUGAGAUGCACACAGGUCAACACCGAUGAGGAUUCCUACUACAGAACCAAUGCAAAUCCCUCCCAGAAGUUCAGCUCCAACCACUAAUUUAUGUUUUGUAAAGUACACUAAUGACAGUAUUAACGUAGGCCUGGUAUAAGUCACAAGCUCCCCUUUUCUCCCCUGAUUCAAACUACAAGCAGCUUCAGCUCCUCACUUUUCAACCCCUCCCCCCAUGGCCAAAACAGGUUUCCACAGGUAUGGAAUUGCUUAUAGAUAUAUAUUUAUAUAUACAUUACACCCGACUCACGGUGGCACAGUUGGGCAGAGGAUGACCGGAGCUGUGAUGUGGGAGACAGAGACUCUUUACACAGCUACAGGAAAGAAGGGAAGGACGGUAGAUGGAGGGAGAUGUUGGCGUCCAUGCUCCCUCUCACUCUUCCUCGCUCCUCUCCACCCCCCCACCCCCCAUCCCCGCUCCCCCCAUUUUCCCGGUCACAGCCCCUCCAGGGGUGCACACUUGCUAGGAUCAUGGGGGUACACACACUCGAGGACGUGUGUGUUUGUUUAUGUGGACUUGUGAAAUGGCAGAACGGAGCAGAAGCGUCAGACAUGCAUGAGAGGUUGCCAUGGAUACGGCGUCAUGGCACACCUCUGCUUUUUUCCUCAUAACUUUUUCUUACUGUUUUUCUUACUGUUAUUUUCUAAUUUUAUUUGAGUAUUUUGUUUCUUAGUUCAAGGAAAAAAGUUGAAAUCAUACUAAACAUAGUCCUCCGGCCACACUCUUCUUCCUCCUCUCAUUUCCCCCUCGUUCUUUCUUCUUUACUUCCUCCUGUGUUCAUCUGUCCCUUUCACGCCAUUGUUCUCUCCCACCAUCUAAGUGCUUGCUUUGGUCAUGAGAGAAGCUGGAAUUCAAGAGCUCGAUUUUAGUUGUAAACGGAGUUGUCUUGUCAAAAAUUGUGUUGUAUAUUAAAAUGAUUUUUUAAAGAAGAAAAUGAAAACUUAUUGUGAAUAAAGUACUUGACAUUG